AUGUCUGGCCGAUCCUUCGACUUGAACUCGGCGGUUGGCGGCUCGCGCGUCGCUCGACCAGUCUCGUCCUCUGUCGCCGUGCGCGACCUCGCCAGCCAAACCGUGCUCAAGGUACCUUACGACAUUCCAUUGCCAGCAGGGGGCGACUGCCAGAGCGGUGCUGCUGUCCGUCAAGCAGGCCAAGGCAACGCAGAGGAGAUGAAGAACCGCGAUCUCAAGGGCGAGCUUGAACUCCGCGAGCAGGAGGCGCGCGACAAGAAGCUCCUUGGUUCCAAUGCAAACAGCACUGCGGCUCCAGCAAUGCCUGCACUGGGAGCACGGCCGCCCAUGCGCAGGCUCGUCGAUGCAUCCAUCGACGGUCGCGUUAUGAUGACGAUGCGGAUGAUGACGAGGCCCAUGCAGAGCGACGAGAUCGUAGCGAUGACGAAGACGACCAUUAUGACGGCCACGCGCGAGAUUCACGACGAGCUUGAGCGCCGACAGGAAGAGGAGCGGAUUCGAAACCAAGCGCCGUCACAAAGUUCAAACGACUUUAAUGUCAAGCGAGGCUGGGACGAUGAUGUUGUUUUCAAGAACUGUGCCAAAGACGCGCCUACCCACGAGAAGCGAUUCAUUAACGACAGUCUUCGUUCAGACUUUCACCGUAAAUUCAUGGAUCGUUAUAUCAAGUAG